AUGGCGGACGAACAUGAAAAAGUUAAUGUCGACUUCUCUCGCAUCAAAAAUCGGAUAAAAAGAAGUGAGGUUUACUGGAAAGAGAAAGUWAGAAAGGCUAAAGAGAAAAGAGAGAGGCGUAAGAAGAGAAAACGCGAGGAAGACGCUCUUGGAGAUCAAGCACCUCCAAAACAAGUACCGAAAACUAUAGAAAAUUCGAGGAUUAAAGACGAGACUAUUGUAGAUAUAGAUGACGAAGAGAUUCUUCAAGAUGAGGCUACAGAUGAAUUAAGUUGUUAUUUCAAAAGAGAAGUGACGCCAAAAGUAGUUAUAACAUCAAGUGAUAGGCCAAAAAAUGCAACUGUUCUAUUCAUGGAAGAGCUGUGUCRAUGUAUCCCUAACUCCGAAGUUAGACAACGAAAGGGAAGGGAUUUAAAGAAGAUAAUGCCACAAGCCAUAAAAAGAGGAUAUACAGCUAUGAUCAUUGUAAAUGAAGACAACAGUAGACCMAAUGGUAUUAUCAUUUCUCACCUCCCAAAUGGUCCAACGGCACACUUCAAGCUGUCAAGUGUAAGGCUGACUAGAGAUAUCAGGGGACAUGGUAAAAUGUCCAACCAUAGACCAGAAUUAAUUCUGAAUCACUUCAACACAAGACUAGGACACUCAAUUGGUCGACUMCUGGCAGCRCUKUUCCCUUACGAUCCACAGUUCCAUGGCAGACAGUGUGUUACAUUUCAUAACCAAAGAGAUUUCAUUUUCUUCAGAAGACACAGGUAUAUAUUCAAGAAUUCAAAAAAAGCUGGACUUCAAGAGCUGGGCCCAAGAUUUACAUUGAAGCUGAGAUCAUUACAGAAAGGAACAUUUGAUAGUAAAUAUGGAGAAUAUGAGUGGAUUCACAAGCGAAAACAGAUGGAUACAAGUAGAAGAAAGUUCAAUCUUUAAUAACAUUUUGGCGAWCAAUUUUUACACUAAAGUGCGUUAUCAAUAAAACAGGAAUAUGCAGAA